AUGGUCAUGCACGUUCGCUUGCCCGAUGGCAACGUGCGGCCCUGCGAGUUCAAGAAUGAAGCUGGCCACCAGCGCUAUCCGCGCACCGCCCUGAUCCGGCUCAAGCCUCGGAAUCUUCUCGAGUUUUUCACUGAAGAUCCAGCCGCCGCCACCUUUCUGCAAAAGCAGCUGCACAAUCAAUUCAUGUCCGAGGAUAUCUCUGCCACCCCCUUCCUCAAGCUCAAUCUUUGCAUUCUCAACAUGAUCUCCUUCCUCAUUGAAGAGUUUCACAACAUGAAGAAGCGCUGCUCCCAAACCCCGAUGGAAGAAGCGCUUCAGCACAUCAAAGACAACUGCGGUGGUUACGAAGCCUUUAUGAUGCAAACAGUCAUUGACGAAUAUUCAACCGAACAACUCGCCAUUGAGAUUGAAAAUCGCAUCCGCAGCAAAAAGCUUUGGCCCCGCCGCGAGGGCAUUGUCAUUACCGAGUACUUGCGAAUCGUUCAAGAAUAUGCCAUGUUUGGUAAGGCUGACUCCUACGCUCGGGCCGAGACUAUUGUGUCCUUGAUCAACACUUACGCGGAAAUUCACGCCGGUCGUCGCAUCCUCAACAUGGAGCUGCUUUCCUAUGCCAGCGUACCAGGUGCCUACCUGGUGUCCAAGCGUGCGCUGACCGGACCUCGGGACGCAUCUUUCUUUCGUCUCACCUACAUUGCUGGCAAGCGCGCGGGGCCCCAGCAUCUCAAAAUCACCCAGUACCCGUCUUCCUCCACGGGCAUCAAAUACGGCAUCAAUGAUGGCAUGCGCUAUGUGACCAUUGAUGAGCUCAUGGAGCACUACCACAAUGAAACCGAUGGUCUGCUUGUCAAGCUGCGGUACAACAUCAAAGCAGCGCGAAACAUGAAUUAUGUACUCGAGCGCCCACAGCCCACACAGGAUGAACUGGCGCGGGUCACGGUGAGCCACGAUGCCAUUGCCCGAUUGCAGAAGCUGGGUGAGGGCCAAUUCGGCGAGGUGUUCAAGGGCAAGUUCACGCGAAGUGGUCAAAGUUAUGACGUGGCACUCAAGGUCCUCAAGGACCAAGCCAGCCCCGACGAGUUUAUGCUGGAAGCCAGCGUGAUGGUUCACUUGCUGGUAGCAUACGGCGAUUUGCACAAUUAUCUGAAGGCCAACCGCUCGGAUCCCGCGCGCACGGGCAUCGACAUUCUGCAUUCCUACAUUGUUCAGAUUGCCAAGGGCAUGGAGCAUUUGGCCUCCAAAGGCCUUGUGCAUCGCGACUUGGCUGCACGCAACGUGCUGGUGGCCUCGGUGCACCAAGUGAAGAUCAACGACUUUGGCCUCUCACGUGUGUUGGGAAAUUCUGACUACUACACUGCCAGUGAGCGCGGCAUGUGGCCCAUCAAGUGGUAUGCCCCCGAGUCAAUCUACAACAACCGCUUUCACGAAAAGGUGGUUGAAUUGCUGAACAGCGGACAGCGGCUGGAACGCCCCGCUGAUUGCAAUGACGCACUUUGGAACAUCUUGCAACAGGUUGGUCUACUCAUCAGCACUGUAUCGGGCGCUGUGUGCUGUGUGCGCAUCAGCACGUCUCACAUUUUUGGCGUGGACAUUUUUGACAGUGCUGGCAAUACGAUGCCGAUCGCCGUCCAGCCUUUCGGCGUGUGGCAGCGUGGCAGCGACGCGCUGCAGGUGGCGGUCCGCAAGCUCAUGGUGCAGGAGGAUGCCGACAUUGAAGGCUUCAUGCGCGAAGCCAACAACAUGCAUCGUCUGCAACACGAGUGCCUCGUUCGCCUAUUUGGCGUCACCACGGGAGAGCAGUUGAUGCUGGUGACUGAGUUGGCACCGGCCGGCGCUUUGGACCGCUACUUGCGUGCCAAUCCACACAAGUCCAUUUCAGAGAUUCUCCGUUUGAUGUUCUGCGUAUGUGUCAUGUGUCGCUGCUUCCCGUCAAAACGACGCGUCGAUGUUGACAAGCACUCACCGGCCCUGUCGCAUCUUCAGGUGGCUCGUGGCAUGCAAUACAUGGCCGGACAAGGCUACGUCCACCGUGAUUUGGCGGCGCGCAACGUCAUGGUUUUUGGCGAACUCAACUGCAAGAUCAGGUUCGUGUGCACAGCGGCACAUCUAUUCCUUUUGGACCUGUCACGUGCACUUUGA